CCCUCCCGCCCUCCGGCCGCGUCCCCGCCGGCCCUGCAGACGUGGCGGGGCGGGACCCGCGGGCGCUGCCGCGCGCACUCGGCCGCCGGAGCGAUAACAAAAUGUCUGAUGAUGCUGGUGACACCUUAGCCACUGGAGACAAAGCAGAAAUUACUGAGAUGCCCAAUAGUGAUUCUUUACCUGAAGAUGCAGACAUGCCCCGUGAUUCAGCCACAAUUUCAAAUGAGCCAAUGCCAGCUGACCCCAGAGAAGAAGUGCAUGAAAACACAGCUGUUCAGUGUGCAGAGACUGCUGCCACUGGGCACCCUGAGCAGCCCAGAGACACCAGUGCCACGGAGCCCCCUCCCAAUGGAGAAGUGACUGAGGAUACACUUGCUGAGUGCAUUGACUCCGUGAGCCUUGAGGCAGAACCCAGAUCCGAAAUACCCCUGAAAGAACAGAAUGAUCCGGCUGUGGACCCCCCCCCAGGUGGAGCAGGAUGGACAGGCUGGGGCUCCUGGGGCAAGUCUCUGCUCUCCUCGGCGUCGGCCACAGUAGGUCAUGGAUUGACAGCAGUCAAGGAAAAAGCAGGAGCCACCCUACGGAUUCAUAGUGUAAAUUCUGGAUCUUCUGAAGGGGCUCAAACUGAUACUGAAAACAGAGUCCCUGAAAUAACAGAUGUGACUGCAGAUCAGGGCCCUGCAGAAAGCCCACCCACUUCUCCUUCGUCAGGGUCUCAGGGCAUGCUGUCAGCCAUCACCAAUGUGGUUCAAAACACAGGAAAGAGCGUCCUGGCUGGAGGUCUCGAUGCUCUGGAGUUCAUCGGCAAGAAAACCAUGAAUGUCCUUGCGGAAAGUGACCCAGGCUUCAAGCGGACCAAGAUCCUCAUGGAGAGAACCGUUUCCUUGUCUCAGAUGCUGAGGGAAGCCAAGGAGAAGGAAAGGCAGAGGCGGGCGCAGCAGCUCCCGGCCCAGAGAGCUGCGCACUACGGGGUGCUGUUCGAUGAGUAUCAAGGUCUGUCCCACCUGGAAGCCCUGGAAAUUCUGUCCAGUGAAAGCGAGAGCAAGGUUCAGUCAUUUUUAGCAUCACUUGAUGGAGAGAAGCUGGAACUCAUAAAAAAUGACCUAAUUUCCAUUAAAGACAUCUUCGCAGCCAAAGAAUUAGAGAAUGAAGAGAAUCAAGAAGAAGGCUUGGAAGAAAAGGGAGAAGAAUUUGCCAGCGUGCUUACAGAGCUUCUCUUUGAAUUACAUGUCGCGGCCACACCUGACAAACUCAAUAAGGCCAUGAGAAAAGCUCGCGCCUGGGUGGAUGAGGCUCAAACCACGGUGUCAGUAGAUGUGGCGAAAGACCCAGAGGAGGAAACGAAGAAGGAAGAAAAAGAAGAGAAACUUGAAGGCCCUCAAGAAGACAAAAAGGAAGAAAAGAGAACUAAGACUGUAGAGGAAGUCUACAUAUUGUCCAUUGAGAGUCUGGCAGAAGUAACGGCUCGCUGUAUUGAGCAGCUUCAUAAAGUGGCAGAAUUGAUUCUUCAUGGGCAAGAAGAGCAAAAACCAGCUCAGGACCAAGCAAAAGUUCUGAUAAAAUUAACUACUGCAAUGUGCAGUGAAGUGGCCUCCUUAUCAAAGAAGUUUACGACUUCUUUAACCACUGUUGGGAGUGACAAGAAGGCCGAGGUCCUCAACCCCAUGAUCAAUAGUGUAUUGUUAGAGGGCUGCAAUAGCACCACGUACGUACUGGACGCCCUCGGGCUGCUGCUACCCGUUCUGCAGGCUUCGCACAUCCAGACCGGCUGUUUGAAAGCGCAGCCCUGACCCGCCAGACUCCACGGAGCCAAAGGAAACGGCAGGCCACCUUGCUCCCGUAUCUAAGCAGAUGUUUUCUAUACAGCUGGCCACAGACACCCAUUUGAGGACACUACAAGCAAUUUUGCACAGACAGUACUGAGAAUGCAAGUUUAAAGAGAGUUGUCUUUUCUCUUAAUGUAUAUGGUUGUUUUGACAAAUAAUUAUGUUUUCUUUAUAUUAAUUUAAACUUACAUGGCUUAUAUUGAAAAUUUCCUUUAGUCUGAAAUUCAUUCACAAAUAUUCAUGUCCACUUUGCUGGUCAAGCAUGCUAUAUUUAAAAAUUCAUGGGCAGACCCUAGGUUUUUUUAACCCAUUAAAUUUCUCCCUUUAAAUGUCCCAUUCUUAUAGUAUUACUUUAAAUCAAUUUUUAUAUUGAACUUUUGUUACAUAAGUGUCAUGGGAAAAAUAGCACUACUUAUAGAUUUUACCAAUUAUGGUAAAAGAGGAACGUAAGUAUCUCUUUAUAGUCAUUCAUUCUUACAAAAGCAUUUAUUGAGUACCUACUGUGAGCCUGCAAUAAAGGAGCAUGAUCUCACUCCAGUAGAGACAGAUAUCAGGGUUUACAAUGAUUCUUAAAAUGCUUAAAAAUCCUAGCAAAUUUUUGAAAACUUAAAAAAUUUUAACAACAGGUUAAAUUGGUUGUUUAAAAAAAUUGGUGGUUUACCUUUCAUUUGAUUAUAUUUUCCCAUACUCCCUGAACUAUUUUAUCCCAGACUUCAUAUUUGGGGUGAAAAUAUGUAUGAAAAGGGGUAUUGAAGAGUAUUUGGUUUACAGUUGACCUCUUCUGAUCAUACUCGAAGUCACAAAGCUUGGAAGUGUUUGUCCCGCGAAAGAGUCGUAUAUGCAAAGUGACCCCCCAAACGCUGGAGGAGCUGAGAGACCAAAGAAUAAGGCAGACAGAUCCAGUUUGUUGCCAUAGGAUGAUUUGUUAGGGGGACUUACAUACGGAAGCAUGGUCUCAGUGGCCACAAGGCAGGUGGAGCUCCGCACCGCCACCCCCAGUCCCGGGGCCUACUGUCCGGGAAGGAGCAUCCAGGCUCCGGACGGGCGUUGGGUGGCUGAGAGGACGCUGCGCGGGUGCCGGGGGACAGGCCAGACGCGCGGUGAACAGGUGUCCCUGUAUAACGAGUGGCACAUCAGCUAGACGUUUUGGAGGCAUUCCCAGAUUCGAGGUUAGCCAGGCGGAUUAGCAUUUAAAAAAAUAAAGUCAGUCUGUCCGCACAGUAGUCAGAUAGAAAAUUAAAGGGGUUUUAACACAGUAGAAUCCCGGGACUGCGUUUGAAAAUCUGCUACACUACACUUGCUGGUGGCAAAUACCGUUACUGCUGGUAAAGACAGAAACUACGACGUGUGCUCCGGCCGACAGGCCUGCUGGUCCGCCGGGCCGGCGGCGGGAGGGCGGUCCCUGGCGCGGCGGACAGGCCACCCCUGCGCGGCCGGCGACACCACGGCCUCGCCCCUGAGCCCUCAACAGGGCAGUGCAGCUUGUACCUCUGCAAGAGUGAAAAUCUCCUGUUCGUAUUUGCUUUUAUUCCCUGAUGGAAGAAACUGCCUUUGUUCCCUACAGGCAAUGUGGGGCAUUUUCAUGUCACCCUACAUUUACUGGCUUUGUCUGAGUCCUGUAUUUUAUUUGUGUAUCUCCUGAAACAGCCAUAGAAACAUAAGAACAAUUUAUUUACAAUCUAGCAAAUAAUUCUCUGAGGAAUCAAUUAAAGAUUUUUUCCGCCCUUU